AUGGCAAGUGUUCAACUGUGGGUAUACAACAUAGGAAAUGACGCAGCGCUUGAAAUGAUCAGAGCAGCCCUUGGAGUAAAAAUAGAAGGCAUAUGGCACACUUCAUUAUACGUUUAUGAAAAAGAGUACUAUUUCAUGUCAGGCAUAAGAAAAGACCUGCCAGGAACAAGUCCAUUCGGUGCACCUGUGAAGAAAAUAGACUUAGGUGACACAGAAGUCACAGAAAAAGAAUUCGCAGAGUAUUUAGAAGUAAUAAAUGACCUGUACACAGAAGGAACUUACCAUAUAAUAAGACACAAUUGUAAUCACUUUACAAAUGAAAUAUCCCUACGCUUAGUGAAUAAGCAAGUGCCUGCUUACAUAAUGGAUGUAGCAAAAUUAUUUGAAGAUACACCAUUUGAAGUAUUCCUAUCAGGAAUAACCCCUGGUAUACAAUAAACCU